AUGUCCUGGCUGGGCUCGUGGCUCGGUGAGGUUCAGUGGUUCGUUCUGGUGUCGCUCUUCGUCGCGGCCCUAGGAACGGUGGGCCUAUACCUGGCACAAUGGGUGCUGGCUAGGGCGCGACCCGGGGCGCAGCGGCGGACAGAGGAGCCUGGCGAGGGUCAGCGCCCAGAGACGGACACACUGUUGACCUGGAUCCUGACGCUGAACAGCUGGAGGAGCCAGUGGCAAGCAGCCUGGAUGACGGCUCUGAAUGACGAGGCCAAAAGGAAAGGGGGACCGCUGCUGCUUACCUUCAAAGAGGACCCUUUGCAGCCUCUGGAGCUGGCCGUGCAGAAAGUCACCAGUGUGGCCCGGUCUUCCCAGGAAAAGGUGGUGUCCUGUCAUGUGGUUGGAGAAGCCCUUCAGUUCAUUGUCUCUGUGCUGCCUGCUUCCCCUGAGGGUGCAGGGCACCGUCUCUAUGAUGUGCGCCUUUCUCCCUUUCACUUACGGCUGGAGCUGCUUAUGCAGGAAAAGAGAGAGGACAUCCAAAUCAAAUGGUCCUUCAUCAAUGUGCCAGAAAUGGCCAUUCACAUUCAGUCCAAAGCCCUGCGGGAGGACCAGCUGGUUGAGACCAGUGCAAUAUCUGAAACUCUCAAGGAUAUCUUGAAGCAUCUGGUUCGUGCUGCUUCUCCAUCAGUGGUGCUGAGCACAAAGCCCACAAGUGUCAAGGAAGUUCAGACUCUGCAACAUGCUUCCUCCGCUCCUCAGGAAUCCUGCCCUCCCAAACCUCCAAGGGCUCAUGAGCUAAAACUGCUGGUGAAGAACCUCCGAGCCUCGCUGCUGAAUGACGCUGGCAUUCCAGGCAACGUGAAGCCAGUGUGCACUGCUCAGCUGAACGAGCCUGCUCAGAGCUUCUCCACCUCCCCAGCUAAAAGCACUGCUGACCUCACGUGGGACGAGGAGUUCACCUUUGAAUUGAAUGCCAAGUCAAAGGAGUUGCAACUGCAGCUUUCAGAGGAUGGGCGCUCCUCAGAAGGUUUGUUUGCAAUGACAAUGAUUCCUUUGGAUUUAUUUAAGAAGCAGCCUUCUGGAUCACAGAGCUUUACGUUGACCAGGACAUCUGCCAUGGGAAGCCCAGUUUUGGGGUCCAUCACUUUGGAGUUUUCCUACGUAGAACCCAGUGAAUCGAAGCCUUGGCCAAUCCCUCUGCCUGUUCCUGCUGCAAAGGUAGAGAUGGAUCGCAUGGUGAUGCCCUGCGGGACGGUGGUCACGACAGUGACUGCCGUGAAAACGAAGCCUCGCUUCGACGUGGGGAGGGCAUCUCCACUGAGCCCUGAAUCUCCUGUGAAAAUGCCUGUUAAAGUGAAGGUAAUUGAAAAGGACAUCUCAGUCCAGGCCAUCUCUUGCCACAGCGCCCCUGUCAGCAAAACAUUCUCUUCUUCAGAUACAGAAUUGUUGGUGUUGAAUGGUUCAGAUCCUGUGGCAGAAAUUGCCAUCCGACAACUCAGCGAAUCUUCAAAACUGAAACUCAAGUCACCGAGGAAGAAAAGCACUCUUAUCAUCUCGGGGAUCUCCAAGACCUCCCUUUCUCAGGAUACUGAAGCUGCCCUGAUGCUGGACUACGCAGCUUCCAUGGACAGCCAGCAUCAGGAGGAAUCUCCAUCCCCGUUAGGGGCCACCGGUACCACCUCGCUAUGUGAGGAAGACUCACUUGCCCAGGACCCACCUGCCUUGGAGCCUCAGGUGAACGAACUUGACUCCUGGGACUUGGAGAAGGAGUCACCGGAUGAAGUAUGGGACAACCACCACCCACUGGGUAUGGAUGUGGAUGUGGAUGAGCUGUCGGAGACCUCCCUGAGUGUCUCGGAACCAGGCGUGGCCAAGAAGCACAAAGGUGGGAUUUUAAGGAAGGGAGCAAAGCUUUUCUUCCGCCGGCGGCAUCAUCACAAAGACCCGGGCAUGAGCCAGUCCCACAAUGACCUCAUGUUUCUGCAGCAGCCGGAGGGGGCCAGGAGGAAAGGAACAACUCUCGGCAAGAUCCUGAACAGGAAGCUGUUGUCCAAACACAGAAGCAAGAACGUCAUGAAUGGGGCUGCCAUAGACCCCAGACCCGGGAGAAGCCACGCGGGGGACAGCAGCACGGGGCCGCCCAGCGCCCCAGAGUCCCGCCAGCUCCUCCUGCCCGCAGCCGCCCACGCCCACGCCCCCGACCCAGCGGCCCGCGCCCCGUCAAGGCGUCUAGGCCCCAGCUCGCUCCCAAUCUACAACUCUCAGGACCCACAGCGCCUGUACCCCUCCGCGUCCCCGUCCACACCGCCUGUUCUUAGGUCCACGCCGCGGUCUCCCAAAGCCCGCUCCCGCGCUCUGUCCCGGCCAUCCAGUCUCUUGCCCUCGGCCCCAGUCGCUCCCGAACUACAACUCCCACAAUGCUCCGCCACCGCCCCCCCGGCUUCCGGUGCUGCGCAGUUUCCGGAGCGGAUCGCAACCCGGAGUCAGGAUCCGACCCUGCUCUGCACAUUCCACAGGCAGGUAAAGCCCCGGGCCGCGCCCCACGCCGCCCGUCGCUGCGCGCGUCGCCCCAGGCCCUGGCCCCCGUCCGCGCCCUGCUGCCUUGUGCGCCCGGUCCCCAGCCCGCCUGCCCGCGGCCGGCCCGCCCCGGUCCAGCCGCCAUGCCGACUGUUCUUUGUUACAUUCGCCGGCUCGGCCUGGUGGCGAUCGGAGUCAAAACCCGGCUGGAUUCCACGGAGCCGCUCCGGGAUCGCCCUGCGCGCCCGCCGCGCCGCCGCCGCCUGGUCUCCGGCCGGCGCUCCGGGCCGGCAGCGCAGGGUGGCCGCCGCCCCCAACCCGGCCUGGCCCAGCCUUGCACCAGCCCCACCGGCGCGUCUUCCCUCGGUGCGUGGAGCUCGGAGGCUGCGGGGUUACGGGCUGGGGGCCGCAGCUCCCGGGCUCCUGGCGCCCGCCGACCCGCCACCCCCGCAUAUUCCUCUCUCCCGGGCGGGCACCUUCACCGCGGGCGGCCUUUCCUGA